AUGGCGACGGCCGCUCUGAAGAGGUUUUGGUCCCGAAACCAAGAGUCUGGUGGCCCGGCGGCCGCGAAGCCAGGCGUGUGGACGCGGUUGGGCUCCUGGGCCCGCGUGCUGCUCCGGGACUACGCCGAGGCCUGCCGGGACGCGGCGGCGGCGGCGCGGGCUCGACCCUGGCGGGCGGCCGUGUAUACGGGGCUGCUGGGCGGCGCGGCGGCCUGCUGUGCGCUGGCACCGAGCGAGGCGGCCUUCGAGGAGGCGCUGCUGGAUGCGUCGGGGACCCUUCUGCUGCUGGCCCCGGCCACGCGCAACCGCGCCUCCGAGGACUACGUGCAGCGGCUGCUGUGGCUGCGGGGUCGCGGCCGCCUCCGCCACGUGAACCUGGGCCUCUGCGCGCUGGUGUACGAGGCGCCCGUGGACGCCGAGGCCAGCCUCUACCAGGCCCGCUGCCGCUACCUGCAGCCCCGCUGGACCGACUUCCCGGACCGAAUCCUGGACUUGGGCUUCGUGGGCCGCUGGUGGGUGCUGGCCGCCCGGAUGCGCGACUGCGACAUCAACGACGAGGAGUUCCAGCACCUGCCGGCUCAUCUGCGCGUCGUCGGGCCGCAUCAGCUGCAUUCCGAGACCAACGAGCGGCUCUUUGACGAGAAGUACAAGCCUGUCGUGCUCACCGAAGAUCAGGUGGACCAGGCGCUGUGGGAGGAGCAGGUCUUGCAGAAGGAGAAGAAAGACAAACUCGCCCUGAGUCAAGUCGACUCCCUGGUGCAGUCGGAGGUCCCCAGAUGAGACCCAGGCCUGGGUGCAGACCGGGCCCAAGCCGUGGCGGACCGCCUGCCGCGGAUGGUGCAGUGGGUGCGAGCGACCAUCACAUGCAGAGUGACUUAAAUAAAUUAUGUGCCGAGUAUUUUUUCCUUGGGCUUUCACAGCCUUUUUGGCCACUCUCCUCUCGUUCCUGUUAGCCAAAGCUAAUUCAGAGUUAGCUUGGUUUCGGUCUCCGUCUCGGUUGGUUUAGGAGUUGGGGGAGAGCAAAGUGACAAGACCAUGUGAUGUUUAUCAUUGUCGAGUUAGCUGUGAGUCUACAUGAGCCUUCCUCAUUGAGCCUCACAGUUUCUCGACCAAGGCUAAUCACAUGUGUCAGGCGACUCCCAAGGCGUCCUAAGACCAUUCUGAUUUUCAUUUUAAAUUUGGAGUUGAAAAGUUUAUCCUCGUUUUCAUGAGCAGUAGUUUUAAUCAUUCUGAAAUAAAGCUAAGAAACCGUU